AUGCGGAGUCCGGCAGGCGAGGUGAGGCCGAGCGAGGCGGAGCGUUACCGGCAGGGGCGUUGCGGACAAGAAUUUUGUUAUUCGACGCUGAAUGCGAAGGAGUCUGAAACCAUAGAGAAAACUGAGUCUCCCAGAAGUGUGUUGUUGCAAGUGAUGAACAGAUUUACAAAUACCACCUGUGACAAAGAGGAGCAAAAUGAGAUAAUUUUAAGAGCAGAGAAAGAUUACAAUGAUUUGCCGAAUGGCAUUGAUGAAAUAGAAGAAGAAAUUUCACUUCUGAAGGAAAUAUUAGUGAAACAGGAACAAACAUACCAAGCAGAAGUGCAAGACUUCCAAAAGCAAAUUGAAGAUUGUCAGUUACAAUUGCAGGAAAGUGAAACGCAAAAUGAAAUAUUGGAUAAGCAAGUUUGUGAAGAAUACAAAAGAGAUGAAGAUCUAAAGAGUAUAAUGGACAAAUACGAUGACACAGUGUGUCUACUAGUCAACGAGAAAUUAGAGGUUCAGGAGACCCAUAAUAAUGAAAUAAUGAAGCUUGAAGAAGACUUGCGAAAAGAACAAGAAAAUCUUUCCAACUCUGAGAAACAGUUUGCAGAAUUACACAAGACUUAUGAAUCAAAGAAGCAAUGUAAAGCUGCUCUGGAAAGACAACUGAGUGAGCUGAAAAUGCAAAUUAGCAGAAAUCAAAUGAAUCUCACGAAAAGUGAAAAUGCGUUUCUUGAAUUAGAAAAGCACGCAAACGAACAAAUAGACAAGGCUAAUCAAGAGCUGAAUAUCAUCAGGCAGAAUUACCAAGGUGAAUCCACUAGGCUGAAAGGUCUUGCAAAAAAAUUGGAUCUUCAAAUUGCAUCACUAGAAGGAAUGAUACAACAAAAAACAAGAGAAAAUAUUGAACUUGCAGCAAUUUAUGAUGACUGCCUGAUCAAAAUGACUGGAAAUACAUAAAAAUGUUCUGAGAUAUUGAUUUAUUACAAAUCUUAUAAAUAGGGAUUUAUCGAUAUAUCACCAUAUCAGUCUGUAUUACAAACUGUAUUAAAAUGUCCGUCCCUUAACGACAGUAAUAAAGUGAUAAAUUGGUUGAACCUAGAGUUGAAAGUAGAGAUAAUACGAACAUAUGUGUCAAGAAUGUUUUAUGCAAAAAAACAUGUGCAGUUUUGCUUUAUGACACGAGAAUGAGAUUAAUUUUGAAAGUUUCACAAAAUUAAAAUUCAUGUUACUUCUUUCUUCCCUAAAUAUUUAUAUUAAAAAAGUUUGCUUGCAAAAAGAAAGUUUGUUUUUAUUAAUUUAAUUGUUAUUGUUUUGUAAUGAAUUAUGUUAAUUGUGAUUUAAUUAAUUGCAAUAAUAAAAAUUAUGGUCAUUAAUUUUUGUUAUUUU